CGGCCGAUAAAUCAAUGCAGCUGUGCGCACGCUCCAAACAAAAGAGAGACGGAACAACCGAUGGACAAGGCGCGUUCUGUCACUGUCAAAAUCAACACCAGAUACCAGAAAACAGACAACAGAGCAGCCUACGGUGUUGUGUUGUGUGCGGUUGUGUCCAAUUUGUAACCGAGCCUUUGCCACCCGCUAUCGAUUAUUUUGUAUAGUGCCCGGAAUUUUCGGUGCGUAUUUCCGAAAAACCGUUUGAUGGACCUUCCGCCACGGUUUGCUGGUCCAGGAGAACUAUGUGAAGCGCUGCCUAACCCUCAUUCCGUGGCUCUGCAAGAUGUGUGUUUCGGACUCCUAAUUGCGAACAUUCCAUUAAAUUAGCAAAAAAUUCUUCGAAUCAAUGUGAGAGGGGCUUCUAGCUACCGAACGCACCAAAAAUAAGCAAUGCUUGGGACACUGUAUAUCAUGGAACCGCU